GCCCGUGAACGGCGAUGCGCGCUCUCGAUAAUAAACCUCUGACGCGUUCAUCCGGGAACUACUACGAAGAACUCGUUCUCCAACAUGGCGGCGUCAGCUAAGAAGAAGAAUAAGAAGGGGAAGACCCUUACCUUGACUGACUUCCUGGCAGAGGACAAGGGAGGGAGCAAUGCACCCCCCAGCUACCCAGCUAAGUCCACUAGCUGGGCCGAUGAGACUGAUGAGCUGGAGGGAGAUGUCUCGACUUCAUGGCACACAGAGGAGGAUUCGUUCCGGGCACCGCCCAUUGACCGGUCCAUCCUGCCCACAGCACCCCGCUCAGCUCGUGAACCCAAUGUCGACCGCUCCCGACUGCCCCGCAGCCCACCUUACACGGCUUUCCUGGGCAACCUUCCCUAUGAUGUCACGGAGGACUCAAUCAAAGACUUCUUCCGCGGCUUGGCAAUCAGUGCAGUGCGUCUGCCUCGAGAGCCCAGUAACCCAGAGAGGCUAAAAGGCUUUGGCUAUGCUGAAUUUGAUGAUGUGGACUCCCUCUUGAGGGCCCUGAGUCUCAACGAGGAGAACCUGGGAAACCGAAGGAUCCGUGUGGAUAUUGCAGACCAGUCUAAUGAUAAAGAAAGAGACAAUGGUUCUAUGGGAGGCCGAGACAGAGGUGGACGGAUGUCAGACAUGGGUCCUGACAAGACAGACAGUGACUGGAGGGCUCGGCCCAGUUCAGAUGCCGACGAUGGACCUCCCAAGAGAGAGGAGGCUUUUGGAGAGAGAUCACGGGACCGCUAUGAGCCGGAUCGUUUCAGAGAUGGGCCACGGCGGGACAAUGACCGCUAUGAUGGAGGAAGAGACCGCUUCCGGGAUCGCUAUGAUGACAGGGAUCGUAGAGAUUUCGAUAGAGGAGGUUUUGACUCUCGUGGUGGUGGGGGAAGUCGUCGUGCCUUUGGCAGUGGCUUCCGUCGUGACUAUGAUGACAGUCGAGGUAGCAGUGAUCGUUAUGGGGAACGGGAUCGUUAUGGCGAACGUGAGGACCGGUACGAAAGACGUACGGAUGACAAGCGUGAGGAGAGAGGUGAGACAGGUCCUCAGCAGAGACCUAAGUUGAACCUUAAGCCCCGUAGCGUGCCCAAGGAGGAGGAAGGUGGCAGCGGUGGUGGCGGUGGUGGUACUUCCCCAGCUGCAGCUCCGAGCUCUGGCAGCAGGGCCUCGUCCAUCUUUGGUGCAGCAAAGCCGGUUGAUACAGCAGCCAAAGAGAGGGAGGUGGAGGAGAGGCUGAAGAAAGAGGAAGAGAGGCUGCAGAGGCAGCUAGAGGAGGACAAAAGCCGGGGACCUGACAGAAAGAUGCGAGACAGGGACCCAAGCUGGCGCAAUGAAGAACCUCAUACUGAGCGAUCUCGCACAGGAAGCGAGUCUUCACAGCAAGGAAGUUCUUCUGGAAGAGGCUCCCGGUGUCGAGAUAGCGAGCGCUCUGGGGAGAAUGAGGUUUUCAGUGGGAGAGAAGGUGAGCCCUCCUCCCCCGGGGCUUCCCCGCAGCCCCCCCCUAGCAGCUCCUCCAAGGAGCCGCUGAAGGUGAUGCCUGCACCUCCUCCUAAGGAGAAUGUCUGGGCCAAGAGAAGUGCAGCCAGCACAGGCUCUAGCGAGGGUGAUGGACGACCUCCAGUCUCUCCUGUUUCCCCAAGUGGUUCAGCUCCUCCCAAGCUCCGGUCCCCAAGUUCUGCAGAUGAAAGAGGAUCUGAAAAAGAUGAGAACAAGGCUGACGGUGUGCGUCGGGACCGGGGGCCCCCACGGGCACGAGGGGGGCCAGCAGGGCCUGGAGCAGGGCGGGGCAGAGGAGAGGGGCCCAACAGAGACCGAAGAAAGGAGGCAGACAGAAAGGAUAACAGAAGAGACCGAGACUCCAGACCACUCCCAGAGCCAAAGAAAUUUGAAGAAACCCCAAUCCCCAAGUUCAGCUCAGCCAGUAAGUACGCCGCUUUGCUAAUGGACGGAGACGACGCAGAGGACGUAGAAUAGAGAGAAAAUAAGACAAGGCCUGAAAGCGCAAGAAGAGGACAAAAACGACAGCAGAAUAAAAAAUAAUCUCACAUAGCUUAUGAAAAGAAACUCCUCACAUGAAAGAGGCUCCUGGGAGGACAUCACUUCCUCCUUCCUUUCCUGCAAAACUGUCCUUUUACUUUCAAACACACACCGAUCCUCCCUCCCCUUCAGGACUAUUCACCUUCUUAAGGAUAGUCGCAUACUGGACUUGUUUUAAUUGGGAAACGAUGAGUAGCUGACACAUGGAAAAGUGAUGGAUAACAUUGAAUUAAUUGUAAUAAAUAAAUGGAAAAAGUGGGGAAAAAUGAAUUUGUAUAUUUGUGGAUCAUAAGUAUGGUGAGGUUGACAGAAGAUGUUUAGUGUAACCAGUGUUUAACUGGCUUACUUACAUUGACAUCAUUUCCAAAUUAAAUGCAUAACUAGUCAUUAGAAGCGAUUUUUAUUAGUAAAUAAUUUGGUAUUGUGGAAUCAUUUUAAAUCAAAUUUAUUCAUGAGAAUUUGUCACAAAUCCUGUCUUCCAAUACUAAGAGUCAUGAAUGUUGAGACUGGUUACAAAGAUUUGUCGUGUGCACUAUUCAACAAAGCACUGAUUUAAUUUUUUGGGUUCACAGUAUUUCAAGAGAGGACCGUAAUAGAAAAUAGUAUUGAAGGAGUGAUUUGUAUGUCAAAAGGACAACGGACGCUACACGAUUCUCACUCCUAGAGAAUUUUUCAAGUGCCAUUACUAUUAUCCCCAAUCAUUGUACCAAUGUCUCUCUAUUGCUACACCUGAUGAAGUACUCAAAUCAAUUAAAGGCUUAUAGUGGUUGUUUCCAGUCGUCUUAAA